AUGAUGUAGGGCCGAAGGGAUGGAGAAAUACGAGGUGAUAGAGGUGGUGGGAGAAGGGAGUUACGGCGUGGUGAUGAAAUGCAGGCAUCGCGAGAGCGGGCAACUGGUAGCCGUGAAAAGAUUUCUCGAAACGGAGGAGGAUUGCGAAGUGCGGAGAAUGGCGUUUCGCGAAAUCCGAAUGUUGAAAAAACUGCAUCACCAGAAUCUGGUAAACAUGACGGAGGUGUUUCGCCGAAGGAGGCGAUUCUAUCUGGUAUUGGAGUAUCUCGACCACACGUUGCUCGACGAGCUGGAACGCGUCGGACACGGUCUAGGUACGGAUCUCUCCAAGCGGCACGUUUAUCAAAUGCUUCGAGGGUUGAGCUACUGCCAUGGGAAGAACAUAAUGCAUCGCGACGUCAAGCCCGAAAACGUGCUGAUCUCUCGGAGCGGAGUGAUCAAGCUGUGCGACUUCGGGUUCGCUCGGCUCGUCAACGACCCCAACGAAUCUUGCACCGACUACGUCGCCACCAGAUGGUAUCGAGCACCGGAACUGCUGGUCGGCGAUCCGCGAUACGGCAAAGCGGUCGACGUCUGGGCGAUCGGCUGUCUCUUCGCGGAAAUGCUCCUCGGGGAUCCUCUCUUUCCUGGCGACAGCGACGUUGAUCAGCUCUAUCGAAUCACCAAAGUGCUCGGCGGCCUCUGUACCAAGCACCAGGCGAUAAUGGGCGGCAGCGGGCCUGACCGGAUCUUGCGGCACGCCAGCGCCGACGAACUGGUAGACCCGCCUCGGUCCACCGUCACUUCCAUUCGCAUCCUAUUUCCCACCUGGGACUCGCUCGCCGUUCACUUCCUCGGCCAAUGCCUGACCAUGGAUCCCGACCUGCGGCCCAGAUCUUCCACCCUCUUGCAGCAUCCCCUCUUUCUGCAAAACGGUUUCGCCGACCAACUACUCGCGGACCUGCACCGUCAUUACCUGCCGAGCAACCAAACCGAGUCCUCCACGACCGCUUCCCGCCCUCUUCGCACCUGGAACAUCACUAUUCCCUCCAUCCCGGAGAGCGUUCUCGAACCAACCGUAUCGAGGGCGUUGCGCCCCGAUAGACCUAAUCUUCCGAACCUUCGCGUUCUACCGCUUCGCUUGGAUCCUCUCUCCGCGAUGCCGGAUACGCGAAUUGAAGAAUCAAGUGUGGUCCUUGGGCAACUUUCUGAUAUAAGCUUUAAGAUGCUAGGCCGUUUCGAUAAUUAG